GUUUUGCUUUUAGAUGAAGGUUAUCUGAAGAUAUAUAUUAAAGGUCGAGGUAUUGCCUUGUAUGCACCAUCAGAAGUUACAGAUUUUGAUGUUAGUAAAGUUGGAGAUGCUCCUAAUGAAAAAUUACAAUUAGAAUGGGUAUAUGGAUAUCGUGGUAGAGAUUGUAGAUCUAAUCUGUAUCAUCUACCUACAGGAGAGAUUAUCUAUUUUAUAGCUGCUACUGUAGUAUUGUAUAAUGUGGAAGAGGGAAUGCAACGCCAUUAUACAGGACAUACUGAUGAUGUCAAAUGUUUAGCUAUACAUCCAGACAAGGUGAAAAUAGCCACUGGUCAAGUUGCUGGACAUGAUAAAAAAGAAGGCAAACCACAUGUACGUAUCUGGGAUUCUGUUAGUUUAAAUACAUUGAUGGUUGUUGGUUUAGGUGAUUUUGAUAGAGCUGUCUGCUGUGUCUCUUUUUCUAAACUUGAUGGAGGACAUCAGUUGGUAUGUGUAGAUGAUGCCAAUGAACAUGUUAUAUCUGUAUGGGAUGUCAGUAGAGAUAAACCACAUAAGAUUACUGAAACUAAGAGUUCAACUGAUCCUGUGCUUGUCACAGAAUUUAAUCCUAAUGAAAAUAAUCAGAUUGUGAUGUGUGGUAAAGGUCAGAUCUCAUUCUGGACAUUAGAAAGUGGUACUUUGAAUAAAAAACAGGGUAUCUAUGAGAAAUUAGAAAAACCUAAAUAUGUAUUAUGUUUAGCGUUUGCUGAAAAUGGUGAUGUCCUAUCUGGAGAUUCAAAUGGAAAUAUUUUUGUUUGGGGUCGUGGAACAAACCGAAUAACACAAGCUAUCAAUGGAGCCCAUGAUGGAGGUGUGUUUUCUCUCUGUGUUAUGAAGGAUGGAACUCUCCUAUCUGGAGGUGGUAAAGAUAGAAAAGUCUAUCAGUUUGAUGAAAGUUAUAAAAGAACAGGUUUGGAAACUGAGAUUCCAGAAGCCUAUGGUCCAGUACGUACACUUAGUCAGGGUCAUGGUAAUUUAAUAUUAGUUGGUACAACCAGGAAUUCUAUUUUACAAGGAACAUUAGAUCUUAAUUUUAAUCCUGUUGUACAUGGUCAUAUAGAUGAAUUAUGGGGUAUGGCUUGUCAUCCAUCACAACAUCAGUUUAUGUCUUGUGGUUCUGAUAAACAUAUUUAUUUAUGGGACAGUAUGUCACAUUCUGUUAUCUGGACUAAAGAAAUAACAGACCCAGCCCACUGUUGUUGUUUCCACCCUGAUGGAAAUAUAGCUGUAGUAGGAACACAUAAUGCACGAUGGCUAGUCAUAGAUUUAAAUACUCAUGAUGUUAUAACAGCCCAUACUGAUGGUAAUGAACAAAUAGAAUGUGUGCAAUUUUCACCAGAUGGUAAAUAUCUAGCUGUUGGAUCAAGAGAUAAUUAUAUAUAUCUAUACCAAGUUACUGAUGGUGGUACUAAAUAUACUAAAACUGGUAGAUGUUCUGGUCACUCUAGUUUUAUAACUCAUGUUGAUUGGUCAGAAGAUGGUCAAUAUUUAGUCAGUAAUUCAGGAGAUUAUGAAGUACUAUAUUGUAAGUAUUGGACAACAAAUUGUCGCCAAGUAACUUCACCAGAUAAUGUUAGAAAUGUUCAAUGGGCUACACAAUCUUGUACAUUGGGUUUUAAUGUGGCAGGUAUUUGGCCAGAAGGAGCUGAUGGUACUGAUGUAAAUUGUUGUGCUAGAACUAAAAAUCAUACUGUUAUCGCAUCAGGAGAUGAUUUUGGAAAAGUAAAUUUAUAUAAGUAUCCAUGUUGUUCACCAAGGUCUUCCAGCCAUAUUAAUAAAGGACAUAGUAGCCAUGUGACGUCUGUCAACUUUCUAUAUGAUGAUUCUAGAAUGAUUUCUGCUGGGGGACGUGAUAUGGCAAUUAUGCAGUGGGAAAUUAUUUAA